GAGAAGUGAUCAGUAGAAACCGCUAAAAUUCUUGGUCACGAAUUCCGAUGGAACCCAAAACAUGAAGCUUGGAAGAAGAUAGAGGGAGCUGAGGAAUUGACUGAUAGGAAUUUUCCCUGGGUAGUUUUCAGCACGAUGGAACUAGAGAUUACUGCUGAUACUACUGCCCUGAGCUAUUGGUUGAACUGGAGAGUCUUGUUGUGUUCAAUUUGGGUUUUCACACCUAUGGUUGGAGCGUUGCUAAUGAUAUGUAAAUAUGAAGAUUCGGAAUAUUUGAAAUCUAGCCGAGGAGAAACUCAGCGCGACGUAGAUAAGGAUUUCUGUGGUGAUGAAGCAUGGAGACCAUGCUUGAAAGUAAUUCACCCUUUAUGGUUGUUGGCUUACCGAGUGACUGCAUUCUUUCUGCUUUUGGCAAUACUGGUUGCUAAAGUUGUCGUCAGUGGUGGUGGCAUAUAUUACUACUAUACUCAGUGGACUUUUACCUUGCUUACCAUUUAUUUUGGGCUUGGAUCUCUUCUAUCAAUUUAUGGUAGUUUCUGGUAUAACAAAACGAGAAGAAUGGGUAUGGGUGUUCAACAUGUGGGGUCAGAUGCAGAGAAUGGAACAUACGUGCUCCUUGAACAUGAGGAAAACGGCUUAAAUAACCAAGAGGAAAACUAUGUUCUCCCAGUAGCAGUCAAAUGCAGUUAUGUCUUUCAAGCUAUAUUCCAGACGAAUGCUGGAGCAGUGAUGCUUACCGAUUGCAUUUAUUGGUUCAUAAUCUUUCCAUUCCUCACCAUCAAAGACUACAAUCUGAGUUUGUUGACGGUGACCAUGCACUCGGUCAAUGCUGUUUUACUCCUUGGGGAUGCAAUGUUAAAUUGCUUGCAAGUUCCCUUUGUUCGGAUAUCUUUGUUUGUUUUAUGGACUGGUGCUUUCGUCAUUUUCCAGUGGAUCAUUCAUGCUUGUGUGUCAAUAUGGUGGCCAUACCCGUUCCUUGACUUGUCAUCACCAUAUGCCCCAGUUUGGUACUUAAUGGUGGGAUUGAUGCAUAUCCCAUGCUAUGCUUUCUUCGCACUAAUCGUUGGGUCAAAACGUCACCUAUUGUCAAAAUGGUUUCCUCUGUCAUAUCAAUGUUAAGGAAGAGAUGGUGUCCUUGGUACUACUGGUGAAUUCUCAAAGACACGUCAGGUGUUUCCUGGUGCAAGCGGAGAGAGUGCUCUCUAUUUCAGGCAUCUCCUCUCCUAUAUAUAGGAUACAGCAAAUGUAAAGCUCAGAUGUAUCAGUUCUCUGUGCUAACCAACAUUUCUGACCGAAGUGGGAAAGGAAAAGAUUAUUCUCAUUUCUCCAUUUGUACUCGAAUUGUAAGCUUUUUAUAACCUGAAAUUGUACUGGUAUAUUUAGCAUCAAGCUCAUUAUUCAAUCUAUAA